UUUGACAUUCAAAUCAAACAAUUUUUCAAAUAAAGUUUUUAUUUCCAAACUUUCAUUUGAAAAUAUAUCAUUUUUUCCAUUGUGUUGAUGAUAUUUUUCCUUCCUGAUUGAAUCGGAUGCCUUUAGACAAACCAGAUAUAUAUAAUGCACUCUGUGUUUAUAGGGAACUCGGACUUAAAUUUGGAAGAUUGGAGAAGUAUGAGAAAUCCCUGCCAUACUUUGAUGAAGCACUCCAGAGGUCGCCACAAGAUGUGAGAGCACUCCUUGGUCGAGCAAGAUAUAGAGCACAAGCUUGUAAAUAUAACGACGCUCUGAAGGAUUUAGCCACACUUAAAGCUUCAGAUCCAGAAAAUAUAUAUGUUUUCGCGACCGAAUGUCUCGUUAAAUAUCUCUGCUGUCAGUUUGAGCAGGCAAUGGUGGAUAAUUUGAAUAAGAUACCAAUCAGGAAGAAGCCAGAUAACUUUGUGCUGGGGACCAUGCAUUGCGAAGACGCUAUAAGGAAUAAUGUAGGUUCUCGGGCGGGCCACCCACUGAGAGACCAUUUCCUGAUAAUUCGGAAGCUGGCAUGGAAAAGAAACUUCGAGAAAUCCAAACCAUAUCAGCCUAUAUCCAAGUUCAAGAAGAAAAGGAAAGAGUUGAAAGACGAGCAGAUGACAAAUCAAUUGGCCGCACCCAGAAUCAAAUUAGAUAUACCAGGUGAUCAUAAACCAAAGAAAGAUCAUAAAAAGUCGAUCAAUUCAGCCAACCUGGCCUCCAUUUCUUCAUCUAAGAAGUUGGAUGAGGUGGGUCAUAGUUUGUUAAACGAAGGUUCUUCCAUCGAGGAAAGCCUCCAUAGUGUUGUGGAUAUAAAUGAAAAAAUACCCCCGAUGAGGGAAUAUCCUUUCAGGCCAAUACAGAGGUACACAACAAAUAUUCGAAAUCUUAUGUCUGAAAGAUACUUGGAUAAAAUGUUUCACGAUAAGAGUUUUCUGCAAAGAAUGAAAGUAGACCCUGCUGUAAAAUCUCCAAACGAUAAUGGUGUUAAGAGAAUAGAAGGCUUAGUAAAAAAAUCUUCGAAAUACAUUCAUUAUAAUCAGGAACUGCUGAGGGCUAGACGGCCUUUUUUUCUGCUAAGGCUGCAGGAUGCAAAAGCAGGUGGCAAACUCGCAGAACGACAGCUGGAACGUGAGAGGACCAUGAUGAAAUACUGCGAGACAGAAGCUCAGAGCACGAUAGAGAGGAUCAAACAAGCAGUCAAGGAACAAAAACUGCGACAAACCAUUGAAUUAGCGGAAAAGAUGUAUCUGUUCUGCGAGGCUACACCGAAAAAGAGCCUUCCAAAUCGUAAUGCAUAUCUGAUUCAGCUUUAUACCCUAGUGAGAGAUGGUUUUUAUGGGGCAAAAACAAUCAGGAGUUCUAUGAGUGAGGAGCAGAAGUAUACAAGAGUAGCGAUUUUUUUAGGAUUACCUGUAGACAAACAGGGUUCCGCUGAUUCGCUGGUCGUACAAUUCAGAGCUCACUUCUUGGACAAAAAAAAACAGUGCCGCAUCAUUGUAGAAAGAGUAAGAAACGCCACGUGCCGCGAAGAACUUGUAUGGUUAUAUCAUGAACUAUCAAGACUGCAUUUCGACCAGAAACAAUAUGAGCUUUCGAAGGCUUAUGCUACCAAAUGUUUGAGGGAAGCUUACAUUCUCAAGGACGAUAAGUGGACAGUCAAUGCCAUGUUCCUCAUGAUAAGGGUUCAAGUCCUGAACAGAAACAAAAAUGGCGCCAGAAUAGAGCUCAGGAACUGUAAGAAGGUAGCUAUCAAAAUACCGGAUGAAAAAAUGGAAGACUUCAUAGCACUAUGUAUAAAAAUACUGAAUGAUACACCGAUGGAAGGUGUUCAGCCAACUAAAAUGUUAGAGAUAAGAACCAAAAACAUUAUGAAACUGAUUACUUCUGACCAAAUGAGGAUGAAAGCCGAAUUGAUAUUCCAGAGGAUUAAUGCUCUACCACCAUGUAAGCGUAUGUCCGUGUUGCCAGGAAUACAUUAUCCGGAAAUUCCAACGCAAAAAGAACCACAAGAUAAAGCAUCAAAAGAAGGACAAACCAGAGCUAAGAUUCCCAGUAGAAGAAAGACCGGCGAAAAUCGAAGAGGGAUGAACUUCUUGCAACUGAUUCAAUAUCACGUAGAUACUUAA